AUGGAAGCUCUUCCCUUUCUCCUUACCCUUCUUCUCAUCCCUCUGAUAAACCCAAUCUCCGCCGUCGAUUUCAUCUUCAACGGCUUCGAUGACUCUCCUCCCUCUUCCUCCUCUCCCCGUCUCUCUCUCUUCGGAAACGCAACAAUCGGAUCCCAAAUCCUAACCUUGACCAACCAAACAUCGUUCUCCACUGGUCGAGCUCUAUACAGCAAAAUCAUCCGCACGAAAGAUCCACAAACUUCCUCCGUUCUACCUUUCUCAACUUCCUUCAUCUUCACCAUGGCUCCUUUCAAAAACACACUCUCCGGCCACGGAAUCGUCUUCCUCUUCGCACCGACAACCGGAAUCAACGGAACCAGCUCCGCCCAGCACCUGGGUCUCUUCAAUUUGACCAACAACGGCAACCCAAACAACCACGUCUUCGGAAUCGAGUUCGACGUCUUCGCCAAUCAGGAAUUCAACGACAUCGACGCUAAUCACGUCGGAAUCGAUGUCAAUUCGCUCAAUUCAAUCGAUUCCAACACGUCUGGGUACUGGUCCGACGACGCGAAUCCAGUGUUCAAGCCAUUGAAGCUCAACGACGGAAGAAAUUACCAGGUUUGGGUCGAUUACAGAGACUCCAUAGUCAAUGUCACUAUACAGCUCGCUGGCAAGAUCCGACCUAAGAUUCCUCUGCUUUCUACGUCUCUGAAUCUCUCCGGAGUUAUGGAGGAUGAGAUGUUCGUUGGAUUCACAGCAGCUACAGGGAGACUUGUGCAAAGCCAUAUGAUCUUAGCUUGGAGUUUCAGCAACUCAAAUUUCUCCUUGAGCGAUGGUUUGAUCACAACUGGUUUGCCUUCGUUUGUGUUACCUAAAGAAUCGAUUUUGAAGAAGAAAUGGUUCGUUUUUGUGUUGGCGUUGAUCUGUUUCCUGGUCGUUUCUCUGGUUGGUUUCGUUUCGUUUGCUGUGGUGAGAAAGAGGAUGGAGAAGGCGAGGAAGAGAGCGUUGAUGGAAGAUUGGGAGAUGGAGUAUUGGCCUCACCGGAUCUCGUAUGAGGAGAUUGAGUCAGGCACUAAAGGGUUUGAUGAGAAGAAUGUGAUUGGGGUUGGUGGGAAUGGGAAAGUUUACAAAGGGUUGUUACAAGGAGGAGCUGUGGAAGUUGCUGUGAAGCGGAUCUCGCAGGAGAGUAGCGACGGGAUGAGAGAGUUUGUAGCUGAGAUCUCGAGUCUUGGGAGGUUAAAGCAUCGGAAUUUGGUUUCUUUACGAGGUUGGUGCAAGAAGGAAGUUGGAAGCUUCAUGUUGGUUUAUGAUUACAUGGAGAACGGAAGUUUAGACCGGUGGAUAUUCGAGGAGGGGGAGGAUGAGAGGAGGAGACAUACGCUUAGCUGUGAAGAGAGGAUUCGGAUCUUGAAAGGUGUUGCUUCAGGGGUGUUGUAUUUGCAUGAAGGAUGGGAGUCUAAGGUUCUGCAUAGAGAUAUUAAAGCGAGUAAUGUGUUGCUUGACAGAGAUAUGAUCCCGAGGCUUAGUGAUUUCGGGUUAGCUCGUGUGCAUGGGCACGAGCAAGCGGUUAGGACGACGAGGGUGGUUGGUACGGCUGGCUAUUUGGCUCCUGAGGUGGUUAAGACAGGGCGUGCGUCGACGCAGACUGAUGUUUUUGCUUACGGGGUGUUGGUUCUUGAAGUGAUGUGUGGGAGGAGGCCGAUUGAAGAAGGGAAGGAUCCGUUGGUGGGUUGGGUUUGGGGGUUGUUGGAGAGAGGUGAGAUUGCGAGAGGUUUGGAUGCAAGGAUGGUGGUGACGACGGAAGGUGGUGAUGAGGCUGAGAGGGUUUUGCAGCUUGGUUUGCUUUGUGCACAUCCUGAUCCGGGGAAGAGACCGUCGAUGAGGCAGGUGGUGCAAGUGUUUGAAGGUGAGAAAGGUGAGAUCUUUGAGGCGGAGAGUAGUGAAGACGUUGAGUCUUGGAUGUUGAGGAAGAUGGGGUCUCGUGGAAGCUCGACGGAGUUUUGGUAUGGAAGCUCGUCGCAUCCGACGAUAGAGCAGGUCAGGCUUCAAUCUCUGUCUGUGUCUCUUUCGUCUUGGAAUAGCUCUAUUUUAGAAGGUAGGUGA